AUGGCCUUUUUGGACAAUCCGGCGAUUAUUUUGGCCCACAUCCGACAGUCUCAUGUGACCAGUGACGAUACAGGAAUGUGCGAAAUGGUGCUAAUUGACCAGGAUGUGGAUCUGGAGAAGUGUCAUCUAGCUCUGGUGCCUGGCAGCAGCUAUGAAUCAACACUGUUAGGUUCCUUAAAUGAGGGGUUCAGCACCGUGACAGACAGUCACACUUGUGACCUUUCUCAGUCUAUGGACAUCACCUCCAGCUGGGACUUUGGCAUUCGUCGACGCUCCAACACAGCCCAAAGACUUGAAAGACUGAGGAAGGAACGUCAAAACCAAAUAAAAUGUAAAAAUAUACAAUGGAAAGACCGAUCCUCACAGUCAGGUAUGGAGGAUCUGGGAUCCUUUUUUGAAAAACGUGAUUUUAAAGAUAGAGCGCGGUCGACAUGUAUGAAAUCUACACUUUCACUUCGACUGGAGCAGUGUCCCCAGCAGCUCAACAACCCCUUCAAUGAAUACUCCAAAUUUGAUGGCAAGGGCCAUAUUGGCACAACAGCGACAAAAAAGAUAGACGUCUACCUCUCCAUGCAAAUGAGCCAGGAGAAAGUUCAUCCCAUGACAGUUGUUACCAUUGCUAACGCCCGCGUUCAUGAUCUCAUUGGGCUUAUCUGUUGGCAAUACACAAGUGAGGGACGAGAACCCAAACUUAAUGAAAAUGUGAAUGCUUACUGCCUUCAUAUUGCGGAAGAUGAUGGUGAGGUGGACACAGACUUCCCUCCUUUGGAUUCAAAUGAACCCAUCCACAAGUUCGGUUUCAGCACUCUGGCAUUGGUGGAGAAGUACUCCUCGCCUGGUCUUGGUUCAAGACAAUCACUGUUUGUAAGAAUAAAUGCUGCUCAAGGUUUCUCUUUAAUCCCAGUGGACAGUCUGAAAGUAACCAUGAAGGAAAUUCUUCAGAAAGCUCUCAAGAAGAGGAAAGGAUCCCAGAAAGGUUCAGGGCCUCUGUAUCGUUUGGAGAAACAAACAGACCCAAAUGUUGCUGUAGACCUAGACUCCACACUUGAGACCCAGAGCACUCUGGAGUUUUGCCUUGUCAGAGAAAACAGCUCCAGGGGUGAGGAGAGUUCAGAGGAAGACCCACCAAUUGACAUCACCACAGUCCAGGAUAUGCUGAGCAGCCAUCACUAUAAGUCAUUCAAGAUUAGUAUGAUACAUAAGCUGCGUUUUACAACAGAUGUUCAACUUGGAAUUUCAGGAGAAAAAGUAGAGAUUGACCCUGUCACCAAUCAAAAGGCAAGCACUAAAUUUUGGAUUCGGCAGAAACCCAUUUCUAUUGAUUCAGACCAUCUAUGUGCCUGUGACCUUGUCGAAGAAAGAAGCCCCAACCAUGCCAUAUUCAAGAUCACUUAUCUGAGCAAUCAUGACUACAAGCCUCUCUAUUUUGAGUCAGAUUCUUCUACAGUCAAUGAAAUAGUUCUAAAGGUGAACUACAUCCUUGAGUCACGGGCCAGCACUACACGGGCUGAUUAUUUUGCCCAAAAGCAGAGGAAACUAAGCCGUCGAACAAGUUUCAGUUUCCAGAAGGACAAGAAGACUGGCCAGUAG